CCAAAUUUGCAAUUUUUUUUUUAAAAAUACAUCUAAUCACAAUUGGUCUAUUAUAUAGAUUUAAUGGAUGAUGAAGCUCUGAAGAGGAGAUCUAAACGAAAUAUUAAACCCCCAUCUUAUCUUGGAUACGAAUAUAUGUUAACUGACGGUUCAAAAAUGAUUUGUCCAUUACCUGAGGAUGAUGAUAUUACUAUAAUUUAUUCUCAGCCAUCAUCCUUCAAUAAAACUAAUAAAGAUUUUCACUUGCCCAACUUGAGCGACGAAGACCUAGAGAUACUUGAUCUUCCCCCGUCAAUUAAUUCAACACAUCCGCUGACGUCUAACUACCACUCAACUAAUAAUAUGUCCAAUAUAUUCGACAUUUUCUCUUCGACAGCACCGGUCGCUAUUGACGGCUCGAAUUUCGCAUCGGGGAUCAACGUAACAUCACUUAAUCCCGUCUUCUUGCACAGCAACGACCACCUGGAAGCUAUGAUGCGCAUGACGUACCCUUCCACCAUAAUGUCUUUGAUGACGCCAUCGAAAGACGAUAAUUAUCGACCGGACGUAACCGGUAUUCCUCCGUCGCCCCUUUCUUCCGAUUACGCAAGAUCCUACGCGCCUUCGAUAGCUGCACCAUCGGUAACAGUCAACAUUUACGAUGGAAACCUUUUGCCCCUGCAUCAAGAACAGACGAUGUUACAACACUUUCAGCCUCCUUCCGCUGUCAUGUCGAUGGGAGCGGACGGUAUUAUACAUCAUCAUUCUGAGUGCAAUGCCUUGCCGACGGAAUCAUUGAACACGUCUCCUUAUUCCCUAUAUCCUGUGACGUCUUCUGUGAUCUCAGCAGUAGCGGAUAACCUAAAAAAGUAUAAUCAAACGGAUAUUCCACCACCGCCUCCCGACAUCAGGCAAAUGCAACAACUGCAAUCUUUUUCGGAACCGGAAACACCAUCAUCUAUGAGCUACUUCCGAUCCCCCACGGCCUUAACAAGCGAAACCAAUAUAUACCGAUUUCCGUCUCAGCAGACAAUAUAUAAUUCCGUAUCACACCCAAUUUACAACCAUAUUUCCCAGCCCAUGAUUAACAGCUUUCCAUACCCUCAUACGGCUAAUAAUCAAUUUUCCUUUCCGCAGACGAUGCAUACGAUAAACGAUAAUAUUCGAUAUCAACCGACCAUAAUAAAUCAACUUCCCUUCCAGCACAUGGUUCGACAAACGCAACAGGUGAUGGGUAGUAACAUGACCUAUUUUCGGUCAGCCGGUCCUCCGCUCAUUUCGUCUGGUAGCUACAGCAUGGAUAGCGCCAAUAUAACCAACAAUGGCGACGUAGCAGCGGAAAGCGAAACGUCCUCCCUAGGCUCCAACGGAUUCGCCUCUCCCGAGGAGGAAAACGACUCUACCCUCAAAGAGGCGUCCAAAAAAGUUAAUCGUAGCCAGCCGCCCCGUCAACGACCACGCCAAUCGUUGACCCCCUUGCGUUCGACCCGGAAUAGUGGCGUUCCGGCAACUUACUCUUCCCCAUCGAAGACCGGUCCGAUUAAGACUUCGGUUUCUUCUUCCACACCUUCGGUUAGCCCCAACCCUAGCAAGAAAAAGAAAAAGAAAGAUCCCAAUGAACCUCAAAAGCCCGUUUCCGCUUACGCCCUAUUUUUCAGGGACACUCAAGCCGCCAUCAAGGGGCAAAACCCGACCGCAACCUUUGGCGAAGUUAGCAAGAUCGUCGCUUCCAUGUGGGACACCCUGGAACUCGAAAGAAAAGAUGUUUACAAAAAGAAAACGGAUUUAGCCAAAAAGGAAUAUAUCAAAAAAUUAGCCGAAUACAGAAACAAAAUGGCAUCCAAAAAUAAAUCGAAUUCUUCCAAUUCCUUGUCCACUUCCUCCAUUUUGUAUUCGUCGACAGCGAUUUCCAAUUCUCCCGCCCUUCCCGACUUCGCCCCCUUUCCGCCUUCCUCUACUGCUACUUUGACAGACGCGGAUAAAGAAAAGGCCUAUAUCCAAAAAUUCACCUCCAUCGAUGACAAAGAACCAAAUAGUCGUGAAACGCAAGCCAAAUGCCUUAAAGGUGGGUGCGAAAACGCGCCAAUAUCGAACCCUCAAUGGGACAGUGAGUAUUGCGGGGAAAGUUGCGUAGUAGCUCAUUGCAAGGAAAUGUUUUCCAAGUGGGUCUACAAACGACAAAAUCUCGCGGUUGAUAAUAACACUUUACAACUACAAAGUGCAUGAAGAAGAAGGAAGAUUAGAUGAAAAAAUUUGUUUAAUCAAAUUUCUUCUCUAUUAUUUUAAUUUUAUUUUUUUAAAUCAAAAAUACUUGUUUUUUAUGCAAAAUCAAAGUUUGAUAAGAAAAGAAUAUAUUUUUCUAAAUUAAUAUAAUCGCGAGAAUGCAAUCAAUCCAUCCUUUUCUUCCCUCCUUUGACUACUACUUUUUUUUAUCUUGGGACCUAUAUUCUAUAAGCAAAUGAUUUUUUUUAAAUACAGAUGAUCGCAUAAUAUUUUAUUUGUAAAUAAAUAAUAUAAAAAACAUCAAAUUUUAUCACCUUAUCGAGUCUCCUAGAGGAUAGAAAUAUUAGUUAAAUCAGUAGGUUUACCAUAAAGGGCAUCACUAAUAAAUAUGCCAAUUAUCCAAAACAUGUAAUAAUAUUUCAUCUUAUUUGAAUAUUUUAACAAAAUUUGCGAUAUUGUAAGCUGAAUUGUCCGUUCCAAUUUCUGAUUUAAUCGAUAAUUUAUCAUUUAAUAUGGGUUAACCUUAGUGUUGCUAAACGGCAAGAUUCGAGCCGAUUAUUAAAAAAUGACCAACUAUAUUUAUACUCAGAAAAAUAUUGAGCACGUCCCGAAGAUUUUGGUCAUAAGAUGGCAUAAAAGUUUGAAACAUAAUCUCGAGGCUUAGGCGGUAAUUUUCUGUCAUUGUGGAUCCGAUCCGACACGAUUUAACAGCUGAUCGAUUUUUAAAAUCGGUUUAUGAGAAUCAAUUUUUCUUUAUUAAAACCAAUAUUUCUUAAGUUAUUAUCGUGUAUAGAAUUAUUAAAGACAAAAUUAAUAUUAUAACAAAAAAACUGAUCUCAUAAACAGAUUUUAAAAAUCGAUCAGCUGUUAAAUCGUGUCGGAUCGGAUUCGCUAUGAAUGCUGCCUUAAGCCUGUUUUUAAAUCGGCUCAAAUCGAGCCUUUUAACAACACUGGUUAACUUUAUUAAGUUGUGACGUUGAUUGACUUGAAAAAUUUUACCAAAUUAAAUAUAUAAAUAAUAACUUUGAUUAAGUUAAAAAAAUUUAUACUAAAAAGUAAUAAUAGUAAUAAUUGAGUUUAAAAAUGAUAUAAAAUCACGAUGAAUAUAACCUUAGAUUAUACAUGCAUAUUAUAUAAAUUUAUGUAAAUAAAAAGGCUUUUCUCCCUUACAAUAAAGGUAUUAUAUAAUAUUUAUUUUUUUGUUUAUUUAUUAGAAUUUUAUUUUAUUUUUAUUUUAUUAUUAUAUUUUUUGAUUUCCAUAGAUUUUCUUUUUGUAAUUUAUUGUUUAAAUAUUAUUUUUUUGUAGAUCUACUAUUUUUUAUACGACUUAUUAUGACUCCCCCCCCCUCUUCGAUUCAUUAUUAUAUAACGCAUUUCAGAUUUGAUUUUAUAUUUUCAUUACCGGUGUUGUUGUUUUUUUUUAAAAAUACAGAGUUUUAUUAAUAAUAAUCAUAUUAAAUUCAUAAAGAAGUUACUUAGACAUUUUACAAAGAAAAAAUAAAGAAAAUUGAGAAU